AUGGAGCCGACCGCUGGAGCGAGCGCCGCGCCUGCCGCGGCGGAGGCGCUGCUGGAGCGCCAGGACUUCGUGGACAUGAACCGCGAGAUGCACGAGUACGACGAGAUGCGCGAGAAGAUCAUCAAGCGCUCGCGAGAGAUCCUCAAGGCCAGCAAGCAGGCGAUCUUCGCGUUGCAUCGCGCGGACAGAGCGGAGGCCUUGAAGCUGCUGGGCAACGCCGAGAAGGUGAUCCCGGAGCUGGUGGCGCUGACGGAGCAGAACCCGUCGCUGCGAGACGGCGCCCUGUCGUCGUCGUUGGAGGAGUAUGCGGAGGCCAAGUGCUUCUGCUACUACCUGGACACCAAGCGCCUGUUGCCGCGUCGCGACGUGCCGGUCGUGCAGAAGAACGAAUAUCUGGGCGGCGUUAUCGACUUCACCGGCGAGUUGAUGCGGUAUGCGGUCGUGAAGGCUACUGCAAGGGACGUGGAGGAGGUCAAGCGCUGCAAGGCCAUGGUGGAGGCCAUCUCGGGAGAGUUGAUCCAGUUUGACUUCCGGAACGGCCCACUGCGCCGCAAGUUUGACUCGGUCAAGUACAAUCUGCGCAAGCUAGAGAAUACGCUGUACGAGUUGUCGUUGGUCACGAACUCGGGUCUGACGUUGCAGGCACACUCAGUACAGGAGACGCCAGCGCCAUCAACUCGCGAGGAUGAGGAGUAA